UAGUUAAAAAAAAAAAAAAAAAAAAAAUGGCCGACGAGGUAAGGGAAACAAACACAGUUGUUGAAGAAAGCGACGUCAAAGAGGAACCCAAAGUUUUGGAAGUUCUUCCAGACAGCCACCCUGUUGGCAUUAGUAGCGAUGAAGAGGCGCCAAUAGACAAACCGGCGACCGAGAGCAAUUGGUCAACACCAAUCCUGUCGUUGGCACGGAAGGCGACCGAGACGAUCAGCAGUGGGGUCAGCUACGGUGCAGCUUUGAGAAACGCAACAUCGUCGGGAUCUGCCGCUAGCUCUCCUACCAGUCCGACUAAACAAAAGUCUACCGAGAAUGACACCAACCAAUACCUACCAGCAGUGAAGGACCAUAUGGCUGUGGAGCGCUCCAACCUGUUCAGUAUGAUGAAGCUGAGUAUUAAGGGUCUGAUCCAGUCUUCUCUGAGUCUGGGCAGAACCCUGGACUCUGACUACCCACCUCUGCAGCAGUUCUUUGUGGUUCUGGAGCAGUGCCUCAAACACGGACUGAAAGUGAAGAAGUCAUUCAUCAAUCAGAAUAAGUCUAUUUGGGGUCCUCUGGAGCUGGUUCAGAAGCUGUGUCCUGAUUCUACUGAUAUUACCACCAGUGCCAGAGACCUGCCAGGCCUAAAGACUGGGUUGGGUCGGGGUCGGGCCUGGCUGCAUCUGGCCCUGAUGCAGAAGAAGUUGUCUGACUACCUGAAAGCCCUGCUGGACCGUAAGGACAUCCUAGGUGAGUUCUACGAUCCAGGAGCGUUGAUGAUGGAGGAGGAGGGGACAGUGAUAGGAGGGAUGCUGGUGGGGCUAAACGUCAUUGAUGCUAACCUCUGUAUCAAAGGAGAGGACCUGGACUCCCAGGUGGGGGUCAUAGACUUCUCCUUGUACCUGAAGGACCCUAUGACCACUGAGACCACUAAGGAUGAUGCUAAGUUGACGGCCAUAUUGGACCAGAAGCACUACAUCGAGGAGCUGAACAGACACCUGAGCUGCACCGUCACUGACCUGCAGGCCAAGAUGGACUCCAUAGAGAAGACUAACAGCAAGCUCAUUGAGGAGCUGACAGCAGCGACAGACAGGAUCAACUCUUUACGGGAGGAACAGGAAACCCUGAGACAUGAGAAUGAGACCAUCGUCCAGAGCAGUCAGAAGAAAGAGGAGGCGACCCUGGAGGACAGUGCAGUAGAGCUGGAGACAUACAGACAGACACGACAGGGCCUGGAUGAGAUGUACAGUGUGGUGUGGAAACAGUACCAGGAGGAGAAACGCAUCAGACAGGAGUUGGAGAGGGAGCUGAAGCUGCAGGUAGGACUAAAGCAGGAGAUGGAGAUGGCCAUGAGGCUGCUGGAGAAAGACACACAUGAGAAACAGGACACACUGCAAGCCCUCCGACAACAACUAGACCAGGUCAAAACCCUCAACCUGCAGAUGUUCCAUAAGACACAGGACUGUGAGCGCGAGGCCCAGAGGAAGGAGGAGGAAGAGGGACAACUGGAAGAGAAGAUGAACCAGAUGGAGACCACCAUUAAAGAGAUGGAGCAGAGACUGCAGAACUCUGAGCGUGAUCGAAGACAGAGUGACCAGACAGAGAGAGACAUGAGGACCGAGUUGGAGGGCAGAGUAGACUCCCUACAGAAACAGCUGUCUGACCUGGACACACUGAGGCUGGGUCUGGAGAGUGAUCUGCGCAGUGAGAAGGAGCAGAGACAGGCCAUUCAGAGAGCUCUACAGAGAGAACAGGACAACAGCACCGAGCUACGCACCCAACUACAACAGAUACAGGGGCUACAAACGGAGCUGCAGGAAGUUCGUCAGGAGAAGAAGCAGCUCCAGCUGACCUGUCAGGAGCAGGAGACGGCCUUACAGGAGAUGGGCCUUCACCUCAGCCAGUCUAAACUGAAGAUGGAGGAUUUCAAAGAGGUCAACAAAUCCCUGAAGGGCCAAGCCUGGCUGAAAGACGAUGAGGCUACACAGUGUAAACACUGUCAGAAGGAGUUCUCUAUCGCUCGCAGAAAGCACCACUGUAGGAACUGUGGAGAUAUCUACUGUAACAGUUGUUCUAGUAAUGAGUUGGCCCUGCCCUCCUACCCUCGACCUGUACGGGUCUGUGACAUCUGCCACUCCCUACUGCUGCAGAGGAGCACCUCUUCCACCUCCUCUUGACACACACAAGUAGACCCUCAUACACACUCCUCUUGACACACACAAGCAGACACUCAAUCUUUCUUCUCUCUAGGCUGUGCUCAAAGCCCACAGUACUCUUGGUCAUUGAGAACACAUUUGAAUCCAAUUUGAGCAGGAGAUUUGGUGUGAGCUAUAAAGUUGUUUCGCCACUUACCUGAAAUUCAGGAUCUUUGGGCACGGUUGACUUUUGAACUGUAGAGGGUUCUACCCUCUUGGGCUAAUACUGCCUUCUCUCUUUUAAACUCAUCUGGAGGGAUUUCACUAAAUAAGAUCAAUAAACAAUAGUGAGUCA